CGCACACAAACACGCGCGCACACACCACGCUCUUAUCGUAGGAGCUAUAGGUUUAACCCGCUGCAUGAAUUCUAUCUGACGAGUGCCGCUAUCAGCAGCUCCAGCAGGACAUAAAGACAACAACACCCUUAACGCAGGUUCGCUAUGGCGGACUGAUAACCAGCGAUGACCCACUCCAGCCCUUUCAACAGUGACACCUCCUUCCUUGCAAGAUGAAUUUUUAAGUUUUGCGACAGUAAAAAACAAAACCCUUUCAGAUGAGACUUGAAACUAUUUUGCCAAGUUGAUGAAGCUGAGGAAAGCCUCGUGAGCCGUGAUGAACCGCUACACCACGCUGAAGCAGCUGGGUGACGGCACCUACGGCAGCGUGCUGAUGGGGAGAAGCAACGAGUCCGGAGAACUGGUGGCCAUUAAACGAAUGAAAAGGAAAUUCUAUUCGUGGGAAGAAUGCAUGAACCUAAGAGAGGUGAAGUCGCUGAAGAAGCUGAACCACGCAAAUGUUGUCAAACUGAAGGAAGUUAUCAGAGAAAACGAUCACCUGUACUUUGUUUUUGAAUACAUGAAGGAGAAUCUCUAUCAGCUCAUGAAGGACAGAGAGAAUAAGAUGUUUUCAGAGAACGAAAUUAGGAACAUCAUGUUCCAAGUGAUUUCUGCUUUGGCUUUUGUACACAAGCAUGGUUUCUUCCACCGAGACAUGAAGCCAGAAAACCUCCUGUGCAUGGGCCCAGAGCUGGUCAAAAUAGCAGAUUUUGGACUGGCCCGGGAGAUCCGUUCCAAACCUCCAUACACGGACUAUGUUUCGACAAGAUGGUACCGUGCACCUGAAGUUCUGCUCAGGUCGUCCACUUACAGUUCUCCUAUAGACCUGUGGGCUGUGGGAUGCAUCAUGGCCGAACUCUACACGCUCAGACCUCUUUUCCCCGGAAACAGUGAAGUGGAUGAGAUCUUUAAGAUCUGCCAAGUCCUAGGCACUGUCAAGAAGCUGGACUGGUCAGAGGGCUACCACCUGGCUUCGGCCAUGAACUUUCGCUUCCCUCAGUGUGUGCCGACGCCCCUAAAGACACUCAUUCCCAAUGCCAGCAGUGAGGCGAUUGCUUUAAUGAAGGACCUUCUGCAGUGGGACCCCAAAAAAAGACCAACCGCCGUACAAGCGCUGCGCUACCCAUACUUCCAGGUUGGGCAGAUCUUAGGGCCUCGUCCUCACAGCCAAGAGGCUAAGAAGGUCCAGCCCAGACAGCUAAUCCAAAAGCAAGUGUCAGAACCUAAGGUGGAUCACGCUCCUGAUAACAAAGCCUCCAAAUCCUCCCCAAGAAGCCUCCAGCAGCCUCAACCUCUUAAGCAGAUCACAGUGCCUCAAGCUGAGAGUAAACAAGGAGGCCUCAGCUGUGUUAAGGUCACAUCAGUGUUAAAUGAGAGCGUUGGUGGAACAGGGAUGAUGAAGGGCAGCAGACGGCGCUGGGGCCAGACGGAGGCGAAGACCUUGGAUAGCUGGGAUGAUUCCGAUUUAUCAGACACUGCUGCCUCACACUCAAAGAAACCCAGCUUGGCGAAAUCCGAGGAGGAGAGGAACUUGAAGGAACUUCGGACACAGGCCAUCGAGCAGAAACCUCUUUAUUCCUUCAGCGCCAUUACCAAACUACCAAAAAAUGUCAAGGUGGGCCCAGUAGACCCAAAUCUACCAGGAUCAGCAGCACGGCAGCAUUAUCUCAGCCAGUCAAGAUAUCUGCCUGGUUUGAUUGGCAAGACUUCUUGUGAAAAGGAGCUGAGUGGCAUGACAUUACGUGACUUGUGGGAGAACUCCAACGCUGUAAAUAAACCCCUUGGUCCCAUUGGACCAGGAUUGUCUGCCACGAGAGCCAACAUAGCCUCUAAAUCGGUGGAAAGCCCACCAGGGAAACCCGUUUUUAAGGAAAGAAUACUGGAGAAAAUCGAUGCUUCUAAAGGAAAUGUUGUGAGCACCAAGUAUAACCUAUCUGCUGGCUUCAUCCCGUCAUUUCAAAAGAAAGAGGUUGGCUCCGUGGCACAGAGGAUCCAGUUGGCACCAAUAGCUGGCCAUCACACAAUCAAUCCUUCCUCUUCUCCUGAAAUUAAAAAAGACAAACCAAAAAAGGCAAAGCCCAAGUCCAUCUCUUCUUUGAGUGAAACCAAUGAAGAUUACGACGGAUGGAAACGGAGGACAGACAUCAGAAGUCACGUGGUGAAGGGGAAUAGCUACUCAGCCUUGGGAAAGACUUCGGGGAAUCUCCUGGCCAGAGGUCCGGCCGUGCAGCCGGUCCACGGCAGGGUGGACUGGGCUUCCAAGUAUGGUGGAAAUCGGUAGUCGGUGCUUGAUUAGAACAAGGUAGAAUUACACUUAGACAUUUCUUAUAAGAUUCAAAACUAAAUGUGCCCCUCUUAUUCCAACAAGCUACAGCAGGGGUGUCCAAACCGAGGGCAGCAUACUGAAAAAUUAAUGCUGGGGGCCACGCUGAAACAUUUUGUGCAUUAAAACACCAGAACCAAUUCAAUGUGAAUCAAUAUAUGCUAAAUCAACGGUGUCAAACUAUUUUUUAUUGUGGGUCACGUCACAGGGCUGUUUGAAAAAGUGAAACCACAUAGUCGCCUCAUGGUAUUAUUACAAACCCCGUUUCCAUAUGAGUUGGGAAAUUGUGUUAGAUGUAAAUAUAAACGAAUACAAUGAUUUGUGUAUCCUUUUCAACCCAUAUUCAAUUGAAUGCACUACAAAGACAAUAUAUUUGAUGUUCAAACUCAUAAACUUUUUUUUUUGGCAAAAAAUAAUUUACUUAGAAUUUCAUGGCUGCAACACAUGCCAAAGUAGUUGGGAAAGGGCAUGUUCACCACUGUGUUACAUCACCUUUUAUUUUAACAACACUCAAUAAACGUUUGGGAACGGAGGAAACUAAUUGUUGAAGCUUUGAAAGUGGAAUUCUUUCCCAUUCUUGUUUUAUCAAUCAAUCAAUGUUUACUUAUAGAGCCCUAAAUCACUAGUGUCUCAAAGGGCUGCACAAACCACUACGACAUCCUCGGUAGGCCCACAUAAGGGCAAGGAAAACUCACACCCAGUGGGACGUCGGUGACAAUGAUGACUAUGAGAACCUUGGAGAGGACGAAAGCGAUGGAUGUCGAGCGGGUCUAACAUGAUAGUGUGAAGGUUCAAUCCAUAGAGGAUCCAACAUGUAGUGCUUCAAUCGUUCAAGAGUCCGGGGUCUCCGCUAUCGUAUUUUACGCUUCAUAACAUUUUCGAUCGGAGACAGGUCUGGACUGCAGGCAAGCCGGGAAAGUACCCGCACUCUUUUUUUACAAGCCACGCUGUUGUAACACAUGCUGAAUGUGGCUUGGCAUUGUCUUGCUGAAAUAAGCAGGGUCGUCCAUGAAAAAGACAGCGCUUAGAUGGCAGCAUAUGUUGUUCCAAAACCUGUAUGUACAGAAUUAAUGGUGCCUUUACAGAUGUGUAAGUUACCCAUGCCUUGGGCACUAAUGCACCCCCAUACCAUCACAGAUGCUGGCUUUUGAACUUUGCGUCGAUAACAGUCUGGAUGGUUCGCUUCCCCUUUGGUCCGAAUGACACGAUGUCGAAUAUUUCCAAAAACAAUUGGAAAUGUGGACUCGUCAGACCACAGAAGACUUUUCCACUUUGCAUCAGUCCAUCUUAGAUGAUCUCGGGCCCAGAGAAGCCGGCGGCGUUUCUGGAUGUUGUUGAUAAAUGGCUUUCGCAUUGCAUAGUAGAGCUUUAACUUGCACUUACAGUUGUAGCGACAAACUGUAUUUAGUGACAGUGAUUUUCUGAAGUGUUCCUGAGCCCAUGUGGUGAUAUCCUUUAGAGAUUGAUGUCGGUUUUUGAUACGGUGCCAUCUGAGGGAUCGAAGGUCACGGUCAUUCAAUGUUGGUUUCCGGCCAUGCCGCUUAUGUGGAGUGGUUUCUCCAGAUUCCCUGAACCUUUUGAUGAUAUUGUGAACCGUAAAUGUUGAAAUCCUUAAAUUUCUUGCAAUUGCACUUUGAGAAACGUUGCUCUUAAACUGUUUGACUAUUUGCUCAUGCAGUUGUGGACAAAGGGGUGUACCUCGCCCCAUCCUUUCUUGUGAAAGACUGAGCAUUUUUUGGGAAGCUGUUUUUAUACCCAAUCAUGGCACCCACCUGUUCCCAAUUAGCCUGCACACCUGUGGGAUGUUCCAAAUAAGUGUUUGAUGAGCAUUCCUCAACUUUAUCAGUAUUUAUUGCCACCUUUUCCAACUUCUUUGUCAGCUGUUGCUGGCAUAAAAUUCUAAAGUUAAUGAUUAUUUGCAAAAAAAAAAAGUUUAUCAGUUUGAACAUCAAAUAUGUUGUCUUUGUAGCAUAUUCAACUGAAUAUGGGUUGAAAAUGAUUUGCAAAUCAUUGUAUUCCGUUUAUAUUUACAUCUAACACAAUUUCCCAACUCAUAUGGAAACGGGGUUUGUACACAAAUGGCCCUUCAUUUGAUUAUCAUUAUUUACCAACAAACUGAUGCAAAACUAGCUUUUGAAUCAGAAGUCAAUAUGACAAGCUGAUUUUAAACUUUUACUCGCAAUAACAUCUUGCAUCAAAUAUUGAGUAAAGAACUUCAGUUGCAUGCAGUAUACUUUUUUUCUGUCAAAAUUGAAAUACAUUUUGCAGGAAAAAUUAAAUGCCUUAUGGACGCACGUUAUGUCCAGACUUUUGCGAACCCUAUUAAAUGAUGCGGCAAGGCACAAUAACAUGAUACCGCAGGCCACAUUGAAUUAGGAGGCGGGCCAGGUGUGGCCCCCAAGCGUUGAGUUUGACACCUGUGCAAUAAGACUAUCACACAACAAAAUGUGGAAAACGUGAAACAUUAAACUUUCUGGAGGCACUAAAUACACUAAAAAAGUAUUUGGCCACCUGCAUUGACUCACAUAUGAACUUGAAGUGCCAUCCCAUUCCUAACCCAUAGGGUUCAAUAUGAUGUGGGUCCACCUUUUGCAGUUAUUACAGCUUCAACUCUUCUGGGAAGGCUGUCCACAAGGUUGCAAAGUGUGUUUAUAGGAUUAUUCGACCAUUCUUCCAAAAGCGCAUUGGUGAGGUCACACACUGAUGUUGGUCGAGAAGGCCUGGCUCUCAGUCCGUCCAUCCAUCCAUUUUUUACCGCUUAUUCCCCUUUGGGGUGGCGGGGGGCGCUGGUGCCUAUCUCAGCUACGAUCGGGCGGAAGGCGGGAUACACCCUGGACAAGUCGCCACCUCAUCGCAGGGCCAACACAGAUAAACAGACAACAUUCACACUCACAUUCACACACUAGGGCCAAUUUAGUGUUGCCAAUCAACCUAUCCCCAGGUGUAUGUCUUUGGAGGUGGGAGGAAGCCGGAGUACCCGGAGGGAACCCACGCAGUCACGGGGAGGACAUGCAAACUCCACACAGAAAGAUCCCGAGCCCGGGAUUGAACCCUGACUACUCAGGAACUUUGUAUUGAGGCAGACGCACUAACCCCUCUGCCACCGUGAAGCCCGGCCUGGCUCUCAGUCUCCAUUCUAAUUCAUCCCAAAGGUGUUCCAUCGCGUUCAGGUCAGGACUCUGUGCAGGCCAGUCAAGUUCAUCCACACCAGACUGACAUCCAUGUCUGUAUGGACCUUGUUUUAUGCACUGGUGCACAGUCAUGUUAGAAGAGAAAGGGGCCCGCUCCAAAAUGUUCCCACAAGGUUGGGAGGAGCAUGAAAGUCUCCAAAAUGGUUUGGUAUCUUGGAGCAUUCAAAGUUCCUGUCACUGAAACUAAGGGGCCAAGCCCAACUCCUGAAAAACAACCCCACCCCAUAAUUCCUCCUCCACCAAAUUUCUGACAAUGCAGUCCGAAAUGUACCGAUCCCCUGGCAAUCUCCAAACCCAGACGCAUGAUUCAUCAGUCCAGAGAAGGCGUCUCCACUGCUCUAGAGUCCAGUGGUGACGUGCUUUACACCACUGCAUCCGACGCUUUGCAUUGGACUUGGUGAUGUAUGGCUCAGCUGCAGCUGCUGGGCCUUGGGAACCCAUUCCAUGAAGCUCCCUGUGUACUGUACGUGGGCUAAUUGGAAGGUCACAUGAAGUUUGGAGCUCUGUAGCAACUGACUGUGCAGAAAGUCGGCAACCUCUUUGUUGACCCCUCUAUGUCAGUUUACGUGGCCUACCACUUUGUGGCUGAGUUGCUGUUCUUCCCAAACUCUUCACUUUUUUUUUUAUAAUAAAGCCGACAGUUGACUUUGGAAUAUUUAGGAACGAGGAAAUUUCAUGACUGGAUUUGUUGCACAGGUGGCAUCCUAUGACAGUUCCACGCUGGAAAUCACUAAGAGCGGCCCAUUCUUUCACAAAUGUUUGUAGAAACAGUCUCCAUGCCUAAGUGCUAGAUUUUAUACACCUGUGGCCAGGCCAAGUGAUUAGGACACCUGAUUCUCAUCAUUUGGAUGGGUGGCCAAAUACUUUUGUCAAUAUAGUGUAUAAAUAUUUCAUUUUAUAUUUAACUCUUAAGAUGAGCACAAUAUAACAUUUUUUAAAAAUCGUAAAUUAUAUUAAGAAAAAAAAAUAUAUAUAAUGUAAAAUAAUACAUAAUGUAUAAUCUAUUAUUAUAUAUGUUGGAAUUUGUAUUUUAUUUGUAAAAAGACCAAUACUACUUUUAAAAAAAAAUGUAAUUCAUGAAAUGUUAUUCAUCAGUUGAUCGGGCCAUACAAUAAAUGAUACGGCAGGCUCCAUUGAAUGAUGCGGUGGGUCAGAUGUGGCCCUCAAGCCUUGAUUUUGUCACCUGUGCAGCAAGACUAUCACAUAAAAUGUGAACACUGAAUACAAAAAUUGCAUUUCAUAUAUAACUCUUAAGUUGAGGAAAGAUUAUAACAUGAUACAUGAGAUUGAUUAAAGCAAAAAAGUAAUACUAUAUAUACAUGUCUAAAAAAAAAUACAAAACUUAUCUAUUUUUGAAUCUGUUAGUCCCUUAGUUGUAAUUUGCAAAGCAAUGGAAAAUAGCAAUAUUACUUCUUAAAUGUAUUUUAUGUAUAAAAUGCCAGGUUAUUCACCAGUUAGCAGGUCAUACAAUUACAGAUGUGGAAGGUCACUGCAAAUAAUUUGCAGGCUACGUCAAAUGACGUGGCCCCCAAACCUCGAGUUCUGGCACCACUGUGCUAUGUGCACACUUUUGGGUUGUAUAUGACAAAGCAAAUAGUGUUUCGAGUGGUGGCUAACAUUAAUUAUAAACUGAUUUACUCUUCAGAAAAUAUCUAAGGCCAAUAAAACUAGCUGUAGGCCUCAUUUUUGGACACCCCUGAACUACAGGUUGAAACUAAAAAAUAAAUAAAUGGACCAAUGAAAUACAAGCUGGAGACUAAGAAUGGCCCCGAGGCUGGAAUUUGAGCACCUUUGAGCUGAUGUGACAAAUUCCGAGUUUUUUUUCAAGAAGCCACUUAAUGGUCGUCUUAAGAGCCAAUGUUACUACUUGUAUGAGAAUUUACAUCGUCAGCCAUUUAGACUGUAGCUUUAUUUAAAUUGUUGCAACCACCAUAGUUCUUAUUCCAUUUGUACACUGUAUUGUAUGUUUUUGUACAUGUUUUAUACAAAGGGAAAUUCAAGUUUAUAAUAAAAAAACAUGGAAAUCA